GUGCGAUGUGUCGCAAACACCAAGCGAGCUGAUGUUGUCGCUUCGUCUUUUGCUGCGUUUGUGCGCGUUUACCUCUUCGGGCGUGGUGAAAAUGCAAUAAAUACCUCAAACAAGUUGUCGCGGUGGCCCAAGUCUCGUUCGGGCUGGGAGAAAGUGCUCGGGUUUGUCGUCAGAAGGAGCCAGGCGAUGACUUGAUGUGUCGCAAAAUAAGCUGCUGCACUAUGGCGGCUGACGACGCCGAAGGGCAUCCUGUGCUGGUGGAGGUGAGCCCUGACAUCCACAUCUGCGGCUUCUGCAAGCAGCAGUACAACAACGUCCAAGUCUUCCUGGCCCACAAGCAGAACGGAUGUUCGGUACAAAGCAUGAGGAACACCUCUGCCGAGACAACAGCAGCUCCUUCGCUGCCAGUCCGUCUCGUUUCGCCGUGCUCAGGCUCCAGCAUGGAGGUGGUCCUGGAGGAGACCUUCCAGACGUGUCUCCUUAGAGGCGUCAAGAAGAUCCUGACCAACCCGCAGAAGCGCAAGAAGCUGAAAGACUCGCUGGCGUCCAAAAGACGCAGUUGCUGUUUCUCAGGCUGCACCUUCAAGACACAGUACGGCCAGAAAGACAUGGAGAGACACCUGAAGACUCACACAGGCGAGAAGCCCUUCGAGUGCGAGCUGUGCCACAAGCGCUUCAGCCGGCGGGACAAGCUCAACAUGCACCUGCGCUCGCACACGGGAGAGAAGCCGCACAAGUGCAAGCUGUGCUCGUACGCGGCGGCCGACAGCAGCAGCCUGAAGAAGCACGUGAGGAUUCACUAUGACGAGCGGCCCUUCAAGUGUCAGAUCUGUCCCUACGCCAGCCGCAACUCCAGCCAGCUCACCGUGCACCUGCGCUCGCACACAGGCGACGCCCCUUUCCAGUGCCAGCAGUGCGACGCCAAGUUCAAGAUCAACUCGGACCUGAAGCGCCACGUCCGCGUCCACUCGGGGGAGAAGCCCUACAAGUGCGAGCUGUGCGAGUACCGCUGCGCCAUGAAAGGUAACCUCAAGUCGCACGUGCAGAUCAAACACGCCGCCGACAACUCCUUCCACUGCGCGCACUGCGACUUCACGUGCGCCAACAAGACGGCGCUGCGCCAGCACUCACGCCACCACCGGCCCGUCCAGCCCGUGCAGUGCCCGGCGUGCACGUACUCCUGCGCCAGCCGGGGGGCGCUCAAGGUGCACGAGCGGAUCCACUCGGAGGAGCGGCCCUUUAAGUGCGAGGCGUGCAGCUACGCCUCCAAGCAGCGCAGCAACCUGCUCAUCCACAGGAAGAGGUUCCACUCGGACGCCACGGAAAAGGCCGGCUGGCGAGCGGGCGGCAGGAGGCCCGGCGAGGACCCCCACAAGCCCGUCGGCUCCCGGUACCGAGCCAAACUGGAGGCCGCUCGAGCCUUCAGCUGCGACCUGUGCAGCGCCUCCUUCGUCAGGGAGGACUCGCUGCGGAGUCACAGGAAGCAGCACAGAGAAUCCCAGGAAGACCCGGCGGUCCCGGUCCAGGUGGACUCGUCCUCGCAGCUGAAAAUCAUUGUCUCUUCCGCCGAGACCCCCAGCAAGAUGGUGCUGCUGAGUCCAGAGCACCAGGACCUGGUGGUCAACUCCAUGCUGCUGGCGCCCGGCCUGUCCGACGCCGCCUUCGCACCGCAGACGGUCCUCUUGACGCCGCUCCACGCCGACGACUCGCUGCACCAGGUCCACGCGCUCUCGCCCGCCGGCGCCGGGCCGCAGACUUUCAUCACCACCUGCGCAGAACUGGAGGACCUGAGGGCCUUGGUGCAGGAGGGCGGCACCGAGGUGACGGUGGUGACGGAAGGGAACGGCGCCGCCGGGACCGGUCCGCCCGGCGGCGGGGAGAGUCGAGGGCAGUGCCUCAGCAUGUGAGCGGGGGGUGUCCAAACUUAUUCCACUUAGGGCCACACACUGAAAAAUCAAAGCAAGCGGGGGCCAUUUUGACAUUUUUUUUAUUUUAAAAACCAAUACUGUCAGGCUAGGACUGUGGAUGUUUGUGCUUCCUCGAUGCAAGGAUGAUGUGGGACUAGUCAGGCAUGAAUGUAAGUACAUGAUAUUUAUUAAAUAAACAAACAAACUACAAAAUGAAUUGAUUAACGUGGACCCCGACUUAAACAAGUUGAAAAACUUAUUCGGGUGUUACCAUUUAGUGGUCAAUUGUACGGAAUAUGUACUGUACUGUGCAAUCUACUAAUUAAAGUAUCAAUCAAUCAAUCAAUCAAAAGGCAAACCAAGGACGCGCUCUGUGGCGGAUAAUAAUGUAUACUAUACUUAAAACAAAACCGCACAAUGGCAUGACUAUAUACAAACAAAACAAAACUAGCACAAUGGCAUAAAUACAAAAACUUACACGGCAUGGAACUAUGGACGGGGACAUGAAGGAGGUGCAGCAUGGGUAGGGUGCGUGCGCAUGUGAAGAUCCCAGAAUGAUGAACAGAAAAAGAGUGACUUAAGUAGCUGUGAUGAUUAGUGAGAACAGGGACGUGACAUGACAGGUGAAAAGUAAUGAGUUGGCAUGGAAACCAACAAAACCAGGAAGUGCAAAACGUGACUGAAUGUCCAAAAUCAAAACAAAACAUGGUCCAUAGGUGUGACAAAUACAAUAUAUGUAUAAAAAAUAUACAUUUAGGCCUCCACUCAGGCUUGAUCCCGAAAGGGUUUUGGUCAAAAAAAUAUUCAAAAUGUGUCAUUAUUCAGUAUUAUUUGGUUUUAUUAUCAUGCAUCCAUUUUCUACCGCUUAUUUCCUUUUGGGGUCGCGGGGGGCGCUGGCGCCUAUCUCAGCUACAAUUGGGCGGAAGGCGGGGUACACCCUGGACAAGUCGCCACCUCAUCGUUUUAUUAUCACAUUAUUAUUAUUCAAGUUUUAAAUCAACAUAAGGUCCAUCUGUCAAUAUAAUGAUUUUAAAGAUUUAAAAUGUAUGCUCUUUUUGUCAAAGAAAACCCUGUUUUUUGAUGGAAAAAAACACAAAAUAUGCCAUUUUAUCACCCAAUAUUUUUUUGAAGUUGAAUAUUUGACAUUAUAUAAUAAUUGCAGCCUUAAAACAGUCAAUAACUAAUAACACCAUUGAUUUAUUAUUAUUUUUUUGAGCAAUGACAUUAAAAAACAAAUCACACUAAAUUAUUGGGGAUACAAAAGGGUCCUACUCAUUAAACCAGGGGUGUCAAACUCAAAUACAGAGUGGGCCGAAAUUUUAAACGGAACCAAGGUUGAACAAAUGAACCUUUUAAUAGGGACCCAAACAAGUUUUGUAUUAAAUAUUGAACAAGCAAGGCUUAUAUAACUUUAGUGACAUGCAAAAUCCAGUUUCAAAUACUACUAAUAAUAAUUUAAAAAAUAUCAAUGGCAUAUCAAAUCAAAUUUAGAUAAAAAAUUGUAUGCCUUUUUUUUCUAUUUGCAAUCUUCUGUGGUAAAUAUCAAAUUUUUUCCAAUUUGAAAAUAAAAUAACAAUAAUGAAUGAACCAAACAUUCAAGCCUUGAAGUAGCAAGAGAAAAUGCAUGAAUAAAACGUUACUUAUUGGUCAGUUUGCUGGAAGUUUCCCGGAAGAGUUAGUGCUGCAAGGGGUUCUGGGUAUUUGUUCUGUUGUGUUACGGUGCGGACGUUCACCCGAAAUGUGUUUGUCAUUCUUGUUUGGUGUGGCUUCACAGCGUGGCGCAUAUUUGUAACAGUGCUAAAGUUGUUUAUACGGCCACCCUCAGUGUGACCUGUAUGGCUGUUGACCAAGUAUGCCUUGCAUUCACUUGUGCGUGUGUGUGUAAAAGCCACAAAUAUUAUGUGACAGGCAGGUUGUAGAGAACGCUAAAGGCAGUGCCUUAAAUGCACGCCCCCAAUAUAGUUGUCCAGGUGGAAAUCAGUAGAAAUUUGGGAGAAUGGUUGCCCCGGGAGAUUUUCGGGAGGGGCACUGAACUUCGGGAGUCUACCGGGAAAAUUAGGAGGGUUGGCAAGUAUGAGUAUUAGCGGUGAAUGCGGUGUUACAGCGGCACCGAUGCUGUAUUACACCGGGGGGCCAGCUCUAAUGCUAAAUUGAUAUUGCCUCAAGGGCCAAAUUAAAUUACACGGCGGGCCAGAGUUUGACACCCAUGCAUUAAAGUGUUAGAACAUCAAUUAUACCUUUUUUUUAUUGUUUACUUUUAACACAAUAAUCUCGAUCAACUUCAGAUCUAUCCGUCAAUUAUAAUUGUUAUUGUUGUUUAUGUUUUUUGUUUGUUUGUUUUAGGCCCUUCUUUAAAAAAAAAAAAAAACAGCUCAGUUUUUUGUAUGGCAA